AGUUAUUAUAGGAUAUUAUUCCGAUUUUCCUUUUAAUUCUUACAUGCUUAUUUUAAAUUUUGAUUUAAACCAGUUUUGAAUUUUUAAUUUGAAUUAAGUUUUCUGCUCAGCAGGUUAAAGACAGAGAAGCAGUACUUCCCCCCCCCCCUUGUGGUGAAAACCAGCUACUCCUUCUCCCUUGUUUCAUUACUGUUUUUUUUAUUUGAUGUUUAUUAUUUUGCUUCUCUCUUUUGACUUAGGUUAUUUUGAUAAUUACCAUUAUUAUCAUAAAUUCCUUUGUUUUGUUUUAUCAUGAUUAGGUAAAGCUGUUACCUUUCCUCUCUACAUAUAGUUACUCAAUUGAUGUUAAACAAACCAAACCUUAAUUAACUUUAAGUUUCCUUUGUUCAUCCUUUGUGUAUUUGAUUGUAGAACUCCCUUGGUGAUUGGACAGUCAUCUCAGGUUUCCAGUGAGCAAGGCUGCCCGAUCGGUGUUACCGAUACUGGCUGCGAGUGAAACUCGGUCCCUCUUGUCUCAAGAGACAUCAGCAAUUUUGGCACUCCAAAGGUUGUGCUAAAAGUCACAAGCCGUGCUGUCCUGCGACACGCCAGAGUAACGGAGGACCGGGGACACUGCGGUUCAGUGUUUGGGGAGCACCGGGGAGGUUGACCAAGCCACUGGUUCCCACCUGAAUGACUUCAAUUCACCCAGAGACAGUAACCUGGGAGCCACCAACGAAGUUAAAUAGUAGAGCGACCACCAGCAGCCGGUGUCAUCACACGACCCGCUAGGCUACUGCCUGUCAAAUCUCCAUUUCAGGUCCUUCGUUGACCCAAGUUAAUUGGCUACUUAACUGUCUGACUGUUUGCAUCAGUCAGCCCCAAAAUUCUCAUAAACGGCACAGCCCGUAUGAAUAUAGCUCGUUAAACGUAGAACGAACUUGCAUUGGUCUUUUUGUGUGUGUGUGCUGUGCUUCUCUCACCGACAGAGAAUCAGGAUGUUCCAGGCAUCCAGUCCAGCAGUCCACGGGGGCCACCUCUCGACAUGGUUGAAAGCAGUGACGACCCCCUUCCUGCCCAAGGAUGCCAUUAACCUGCAGCACCCAGAGCAACUAGACACCGAGCUAGAUGAACUGAUGGCACGCGAUCCAAACCAAAGCGACUACUACAGAGAACUCGCCAGGAUCUUCGGAAGCCUAGUUCACAUUCUCGUCGCCCAGGCACGGCUCAGUGAACGGAGCAACAUCGCGGAGGAGGCCUGGAAGGACCAGGCCCCAACCCAGAGUCAUCUUGAUCAGCUUCUCCUCGAGACCCAGAACCAGCGCGAGAAAGAGGACGACACAGAUCCAGAGCUACAGAAAGGAGUUGAAAGACUUCACCAUGCCCUGCAAGAUCCUCGCCUCGACACAGAUCAAAGAGAACAUCUGGAGAGAGAAGCCAGAAAAGAACUCAACAAAAAAAAACUCCAGCAAGGCGACGCUCUCCUAAAAAGAGCAGAGACUGAACUUAAAAAAAAAAAAAAAAAAGACUAUAAAACCUGGGCCUGCAAAACACACUUGCAAGCGGCCCAAGCUAAAUUCAACAAGCUUACUCUGCAGAGAGACAAGCUCCAAGAUGAACUUUACACUGUUCACACAGAACUGAGACAAUUUCACAGAUUACAGAGUGGCUGGAUCGGAGAAACGCACACCACAAAAUUUCUCCCGGGCCGCCACUCCAACCCUUUCAGCCAAGAACCCAGAGCUGGAAAAGGGGGUGUAGUCUCCCGUCUAAGGAAAUCACCAGCCAGCUUACAAGAACAUCUGUCAAUAACGGAGGGAAGAGAACCCUUCCAGAGAACGCAUGUCACCAAACCCUGCACUGCUCACAGAGAACUUCACAAGCUAGCCAGAAGCAUCUCUACAUUCAUUCCAGAUCCUGCAGGAGGACAUGAUGUUCAUGCUUCUUUACAAGCCAUUGACUUUCAUUUGCAAACUGUCGCCAACGUGACAGGUGUGAACACAUUGUACCUGUUAAAAAUCACGGCCAGCCGUGAUGUGCAUUGCUUUCUGGAUCGUCAACCAGAGACUGUCAAAGCGUACUACCAGCAACUGCUACAGACUUUGAUUCUUGAAUUCUCUGAUCCAAACUCAGAUCAUGGGCUCCUUAUUGCUAUGGACCUCAAACAGGGCCGAUUUGAAAACCCACAGACUUUCUGUAGUCAGCUACGAAACACCUACUUCGGAGCAUGCAACGAACCAGGUAUGGAACAGGAUCUCAACUUAAAAACUCUGUUCCUCCCAAACCUACAUGCCAGUUGGAGUUUUCAUCUCAGAGUCCCAGCGUGUCCCCGUAACAGAACUACACAAGAGUUACAGAACUUAGCCCACAAAGCUUGCACCAAGCAAAAGACUAUUUGUGAAAAGACUGUGAAAAACCCCAACGUCUCUGUCUCUGAGCACUGCUUGGAGUUAACCCUAGAUGGCGCUCUACAACACCACAGUCACAGACAUCUUUACAGAGAGUCAAUACCGUUCCAAGCCAGCAGAGGGCAACACAGUGCAGCCACGUCUGAGACAGCAGAGAUCCUGAGGGUGCUGAAAGAUCUUCUUCACAUGAAAACUCACAAGGAAGAUGAGCCAAGCACCCAGAACACUGCCCGUCAUCUACAGACCACAGAGCUAACUGUCACAGCACAAGGUGACAGCAACACCCAAGCUCCACAGUCAACACCUGCACACCCUGAACGAGACAGCACAGGUCCUCACGCCAGGUACCACAAACACAAGGUACCAGAAAAUGCUGUUUCGACUACCUGCCUUCGCAGCGAGCUACACAAGACUCAUCACCCACCGAUCGUCCCACCUGCCCUAAUGCCAACAUUCCUGGGCAGCCCUGUCAAAAAGGGGGUGGGUCAAAAAGGAGUCAACAGGGAAGACCUGAUCGACACAGGAUUAAACCUGACGGUGAUCUCAUCUUACCUUUUCAAAAGACUCCAAUUUGAAGCUAAGAGACAAGAUCGAACUCUUACACCUCAAACUUAUGAACUGAAUGUACAGGUGUACAGACAGGAUGACAUCCAGUUUGAACAGGUUGUUUCCAUUCACCUGACAUUCGUUCCGAUGAGUCUAAUACAUCCCAUGUAUGUCCCACCAAUGAACACUCAUACAUUGCUCAUCGACAAAGACCUGCUAGAACACUUUGACCCUUUUCUGAACUUCAAACAGCUAAAAGACUUUGCUCAAGUGCGAGAACCUCUUUCUCUCCAGCCACACAGGUUGCUAGAGCCAGACUGUCAGGUCGCAGAGGUCAUGGGAACUCCCACAGAGCCAGACGGUCAGGUCACAGAGGUCACGGGAACCCCAGCAGCCAGCCAUGAGUACAACGCCCUAACAACAGGCCCAAGUUCAAGCCUCUGUACCUUAGUCAACAAACAGGGUACGGUGGUACCAGCUUACACCAAAGGGGUCGCUGUUCGGCUCAACCUGCAAGGUGGUCAAACCUUACACCACACGCUGGGUUUCUUCCAAUCCUCACCUGAAUGUGUGGAACUCGGACUCACACUUGCAAACAAGCAUGUCAAACACCAACACCUGUUCCAGCAAUGUGAUAACAUCACAAAAACACACAAUGUGAUCGUGUACUGGAAGAAGGUAAAAGAACACUCGAAGUUACCAAGUCUAGACGAGGACUUUAAAGAUCACACUGACACCCUUGCCAAAACUGGCACACUAAACAACAUUCUGUGGUCACUCCCAACCCACCCACCCACAUUCAAGGUUGAAGUGAUUACACACAGCACAAGAACUUUACUAGCUAAACUGCCUACCUCAGAAUCGCUUACGCAGGCUCCGUUGUCUACACAGACCAACAUAGCGGACAUGCGGGCUUCUGAAACCUUGAUAAUGACUUUGUUUUACCACCUCUCAGACCCCUCCAUCCACCCUGGCAACCAGUCUACAGUCACUGACAACAAAAGCCCCAGACCACUGCAUGAUACACAAACCAUGCUGCGUGCACAGAACAAUAUUGUGGGUUGUGCACCGUCUGACAUCACAAUGCCAGGGCGUGUCAUGCCACGGAGCAAAAGGGGGAUACUGCCAAUAUAUUUCCAUGACGCAGCAUGUGCUGCACCACGCAGCACCAGAGCCACUGACACAACACUGAGGCAAGCGUCAUGCCAGCAGCAAGAUGUGGCAAAACAUGGGCGAGGGCGAGCUAAACCCAGUCGCCGCCCACGAAGCAAAGAGACUGUCCUGUCCAACCAAAGACAGGCCUUGUUUGUUUCUUUCUCCCCUUUCUCUCUCUCUCUCCCUAUUAUCUGUACCAGGAUGCUGCUGUGGUUUGCCGUGCUGUGCUGUCAGCCAAAGAGAGGACAGCUGCCACCGAGAAAACCGCUGAGACUCCUGACUACCGAUGACAGGGCACACUACCCCAGCACUGUAACCGAAUACAGCUGUACAAGGUUCCGAUGGAGAGAGGACUCCCUCACUCACACUGAGGCCGAUGUCAAACACCUGUUCAGCCAACCUGAGAAAGUGACGGUUACACAAAUGGAGUUAGGUGGACACCACCACCGCUCCAAACAGUUCCCGGGAGCUUUGCUUAGAGCCGCUGCUGCCGCCAGAAUGUUUAACAUUGUUAUGUCCAGUGUCAAUGCAGCGAACCAGACUGUAAACUCCUUGAAACCACUGUUUACUGCCUUCCAGAAGGACUUUACCCAGACUCAGCUGUUAACAGCAUUAACAACAGCCAUGCUGUGGGAGGUUAGCUCCUCCAAAGACAGCCUAACCACGAGUAAAACCCCACCAUACAUGAUACCCUUAAGCCUUGUGUUAACUGUGCUGUCUUACACCAUCACCAUGCCAGCUGACCUGCUACAAAUGCACCUGGCCAACUCUCUGGAUAGCGCCUUCCUACGGCACGCAAACCCCAAACAGGGAGAAGUGAACGUGCUCCUGAACCAACUCAUCAGCGAGUCAAACCAAGUCUACAGACCUAAAGACAUUGUCAGUGUCAGGAUGUGGAAGAGCAACACCCACACCAAAACACACAUUCCAAAUGUGGUGGCCUACCACGACAGCAACACACAGCUGUACCUGGCCCCAAACAUGCACAUGUGUACUUUAACCAAAGACAUUCAUUAUCUCUGCCUUAGCAAACCCUUCCUCAGACACAACUCUGAAGGAAUCUGCGAGCUGCAACCCUGGGUCAGCGAUACGCGCUGCCCUGCCGAAGCCAAGCCUCGUACACAAGUCACAGAAACGCAAGCAGAGAUUGUGGGUAACAGAUGGCUCGUCAACACUCCUGUGCGCUCAGCUAUGCUGACCUACGACCAGCAUGACACCGCCACCCGUGCCAACCUGCUGGACCAAGUACUGAAAGGUACCACCCAACACAUUGACAUUACUCCUGUCGAUACAGCCCUCCAAGCACUGUCUCGACAGCCCAUUCUGAACCAGUCAUCUGCGGUCCUAGCCUGGACUGCUGCCGACACUGCACGGUGCAUCUCCACCGUCAUUGGUCCCGCCCUGACUCUUGGCGUGACCUUCAUCCUAUACAGGAUACUCAACGAGAUGCAAACCUCUACAGCCAAACUCACGACAACUGUGGCUGGAGGUCUCCGAUGGAAUCCCCGGAAAAGGGACGCAAAGUCAAAGACAAUACCGAACCUCACCAAGCUGAAUCCUCAGCUUCAGGAACCACCUGUCAUCAUGACCCACCUGCUGCAUGACCAUCACGAUUCACCUGUCAUCUGCCCAUCCGGGAUGAUUGCCGUCCGAUGAUGUCCACACAGGGACUUCAUCUGACGUAAAGGGGGAGAUGUAACAGAUAUGCAGGUCAGCGAUUCAUGGGUUAAAUUCUGUUUUAUAAAUUCAGACUGUUGGUACUAAAUGCCAGCCUGGCUGGACUUAAACUAUUUACGAUGCCCAUGCGAGCUUCAAAGAAGAAACGAAAACCCCCAACCCAAAUUCUUCCAACACUGGAGACAAAGGAACUUUUCGUAUAAGUUCCUUACUUUCAUUUUAUUAUUAAUAUGUAUUUUAAUUAUGUUUAUGGAUUGCAUAAAAUGGUUAAUCCUUGUUAUGUGAAGAGUAUAAGUUGCAAGCUUAUACUUUAGGAAAUGUCUUUCCUCACUUUAACUUCCUCAAAGAGAGCCAUGCUUCUGCAACCCCCACUUUUGCAGGUCGUAAAGUUUACGACCACACAG